AUGGAGAAAGAUAACAACUUCAUGGAUCCGUUUCUGUCGUCGACGGAGGAACUUGACCCGACGACCCGGAAAGCAUUGAUGGAAUAUCUUGGAGUCGGAAGCAGAGCAUCUUCUCUUGUCUCUUUCUCCUCUACCGCCGUCGAUAUCCCGCCGAUCUCCACCGUCGGAGAUUUUGCCAGAGAGUUUAGAAUUGAGUCUAAGAAGCUAUGGAAACUAGCCGGCCCGGCCAUUUUCACAUCGUUGGCCCAAUUCUCUCUCGGAGCCAUCACUCAGGUUUUCGCCGGACACAUGAGCACCAUCGCACUCGCCGCCGUUUCCAUCGAGAACUCCGUCAUCGCCGGUUUCUCCUACGGUAUCAUGCUUGGAAUGGGAAGCGCGUUGGAAACGCUAUGUGGACAAGCGUUUGGAGCAGGAAAAGUAUCAAUGCUCGGCGUUUACUUACAACGCUCAUGGGUGAUUCUAAGCGUGACCGCUCUCAUCCUUUCUCUACUCUAUAUCUUCGCGGCUCCAGUCCUAUUAUUCAUCGGCCAAACCGCUGCGAUCUCGGCCAUGGCCGGGCUUUUCUCCAUCUACAUGAUCCCACAAAUCUUUGCAUACGCCAUCAAUUUCCCGACCUCAAAGUUUUUGCAGUCACAAAGCAAGAUCAUGGUCAUGGCAUCUAUCUCUGGCGUGGCUCUUGUGAUUCACACGUUCCUCACGUGGCUAGUCACAUGUAGGUUUGAUUGGGGACUCCCCGGUCUAGCUUUCGUGCUUAACACGUCGUGGGUGUUCAUCGUUGUGGCACAACUCGUGUAUAUUUUUGGUGGUACGUGUGGAGAGGCUUGGUCUGGAUUCACUUGGGAGGCUUUUCACAAUUUGUGGGGUUUUGUCAAAUUGUCUUUGGCUUCUGCUGUCAUGAUUUGUUUGGAGGUUUGGUAUUUCAUGGCACUCGUAUUAUUUGCUGGAUAUUUGAAGAAUGCUGAAGUCUCCGUAGCUGCACUCUCCAUAUGCAUGAACAUUUUMGGAUGGGCAGCUAUGGUUUCAAUUGGUAUAAACGCAGCAGUAAGUGUGAGAGUUUCAAAUGAGCUAGGAGCUAGCCACCCAAGAACGGCCAAGUUCUCUCUAGUUGUGGCGGUGAUAUUAUCGACAGCGAUCGGGCUGGUUAUAGCGGCAAUUCUAUUAUUCUUCCGGGACGAGUACCCGGUUUUGUUUGUGGAAGAAGAAGAAGUUAGGAAUGUGGUUAGAGACCUCACACCAAUGCUUGCCUUCUGCAUUGUCAUCAACAAUGUCCAACCUGUUUUGUCCGGAGUGGCUGUUGGAGCGGGAUGGCAAGCUAAUGUUGCGUAUGUGAACAUAGCUUGCUAUUACUUCUUCGGAAUCCCGUUUGGUCUAUUGUUGGGAUUUAAGCUUGAAUAUGGAGUAAUGGGAAUCUGGUGGGGGAUGCUGACGGGAACUUUUGUUCAGUCAAUAAUCUUGACUUAUAUGAUCUGCAAAACCAAUUGGGAUAAAGAGGCUGCAAUGGCAGAGGAAAGGAUAAGAGAAUGGGGAGGAAUAGCAGAGAAAGAGACUCUUUUGAACUAA